AAUCAGUCUUCGUCUAUCUCGGCAUGAAGUAUAGUGUGUGAUAAAUCGAUUUAAGCGACAAGUAGUUAUCACGUUUUUUUAAACAUAUUUCUGUUAUAUUGCUUUAUUUUACGUGAAGUGAUCUUAUUUAUAAAUUUAAUUAUUCUCUCGAGCCAAGAUGUUUGACAAGAGUGUUAUUGUAGCGGUAUUUCUAUUAGGGGCGGCCUGGGCACAGUUGGACGCUGACCAAGAACAAGCCGUGAACACAGCCUUAGAGAACCUGCCUCCGGAACUCCAGGGCAAGGUGGACAAGACUCAACUUGAAGAAAUCAAGAACAAAUCUGCAGCAGCAUUUAGGGAAAAGUGUGACAAGAAUGGAGGACCCGAUGCUUUUGGAAAUGCUGAGAAAGCGUUCAUAAAUUUGAAAUCGUGCAUGGAGGGCCUGGUGGUAACGAGCGAGCUGGAAAAAGAAAUCGAGGCUGCUAAACCCAACGGCAAAAUGGACGAGGUCUUUAAGAAGUAUUGUGCCAAGAAGCCUCAGUUCAAGGAGUGCUUCAAGGUGGCAGUGGAGUCCGCCAGGCCGUGCUUCUCCAGCGAUGAACAGAAGAAUUUGAAGAUAGUCUAUAAUGUCACUGAGCAGCUGGCCGAGUUCGUCUGCUUCAAGGAUGGCGACAGGAUUGCGCUGUUCAUCGCGGAGGGCGGUGUGGACUGCAUGCAGGCGCAGAAAGAAGCCAUCCAGAACUGCACCAACGAGGCGCUCGGCCCCAACGUGCAGCUGAACGCUGACAUCUCCGCAGACUCCAUACCCGAAAUCAAAUUUACUAAUAAGGAGUGCGGGCAGCUAACAGAGCUGCAGCAUUGCGUGGUGCGCAAGCUGGAGACGUGCGAGCAGCCCACCACGGCCAACAUCGUCGAGUCGCUGUUCAAGUUCAUCCGCAAGGCCACGCCCUGCAAGGAAUUCACCGUGAGUAAUAAGGAGUGCGGGCAGCUAACAGAGCUCCAGCAUUGCGUGGUGCGCAAGCUGGAGACGUGCGAGCAGCCCACCACGGCCAACAUCGUCGAGUCGCUGUUCAAGUUCAUCCGCAAGGCCACGCCCUGCAAGGAAUUCACCGAACAACAGGCUAGCCCAAGGAGUGGUACUGUUGAUGCUGCUACUGACAAAAACAAGCCAGGGUCGGCUAACGGGCUCGCUGUGACGUCACUCACUCUUGCGAUGGCGGCAGUUACUUUUCUCGUCUAACCUGUACUACUGGGA